AUGGCGCUAACAAGUGGCGGCAAACUGGGUGUUUCGAACCCUGUUGGUGUAGGGAAUUUUGUACCCGUAGGAAUUUCUGGUACGAUUUCAGUAGUACUCAUGGGAGUAACAUGUGGUGGCACACUGGGUAUUAUUUCUGUUUGUACUGAUGAAACUGGUGUUUCUGUUUCUAUCGAAGUUAACCCAGUUGAAUUGGGUAUUUCGAAUCCUGUUGACAUGGGGAAUUUCGUUCCAGUAGGAAUUUCUGGUACUGUUUCAAUAGUACUCGUGGGAGUAAUGUGUGGUGGCACACUGGGAAGUGUACCAGAAAUCAUACACUAUAUUGGUAACUAA